UGUCCUUGCAGUGAUGAUACACCCAACACCAGUAACAUUAGACAGGCGUGGCAUCAAAGCUGUGGAUGAGGUAACAGAAAGCCGUCGUGAUGAGAUCUCCAGCACCUUCUAGGGGAUUCGAUUUCAGCACAUGGUGGGCUGGUACAAUGCACUGCUACCUGCGUCACUGCGCCUGGCUCAUCCAGACGACACCCUGGCUGUGGUGGUGCUCAGCACUCCAGCCAUGUUCGAACAGACCUUCCUGCCUUUCAUGGAGGACGGAGGCUUCCAGGGACUGACAGAUCCCAUUGACCAGUGUGUCAAACAGUGCAUCUCAGCUGCCGUCUCACGGUGUUUUCCUGGACAAACGGUGGAGGUGAGUUAUGACUAUGAGAUGCUGCCCAACAGGAAACCAAAAUUCUUGGCACAGACUGCAGCUCAUGUGUCGGGAGCAGCUUUCUAUUACCAGCAGGCAGAUGUCACUGAUCAACCCUGGGCUGAGAAAAAAAUGUUCGGUGUGUGCGUGCAUCCGAGGUUCGGAGGCUGGUUUGCCAUCAGAUCUCUGUUGGUGUUUGAAGAUGUGACGCUGGGCCCCGACGUCCUGCAGCCAGUUCCCCCUGACUGUGUCCCAACCAGAGAAGGCAGGAUAAAACUGCUCGAGUCUUUUAACCAUCGUUGGCAGCAGGACUGGAGUUACAGAGACGUAGUUCCUCCAGUUCAGACCUACUCACAGAGACAGAGGGACUACUUUUCCACUCUUCCUGCUCAACGCUUUGCUCUGCUAAAGACCUGGGGCUUCCUGCCCAAGGAGGACCAACAGUCUGAAGCGGUCUCAGACACACAGGGCAGCCAUGGAUGAAAGAAGACACUGGACAUUAACACAAGUUUAUAUACUGUAUGUGCAGAAAUGCAAAAAAAAAAAAAAUUUUUUUUUUCUAUACCUUGACUUUGACAAGGUGCACACUAUUGUCAAUGCAGCUGAAGGAAAUUUCCAGCAACUCCUAUACUGAAUUAUGAUGCAAAUAAUGAUCGCAUCAAAUGUCUGCAAAUGUUACAAAAAAUGACUACAAAACACUACACGAUGCAGCAAUGCAUUGUUUGUGUCUGUCUGUGACAAUACCAAGGAUACAUCUUAGUUUUGGGAACUGACAUCUUUUGUCUGCAGCUUCAUUGAAUGAAGUUCCAGAAAUGCAAGUUUAUGUCCCAAAACAUGCUAAGAAGUGAAUAAUUUGUGCUAAAAACUCAAAAUACAGCAUAUCUGAACAUGUGAAAAUAUCUUGCAGUCUUUAUUUUAUAUCAAUAAGUAAUGCACCCUAUUUCAAUAGACAUCCAUUUGAAAUUAGUCAAAUAAUUUUUAUUAAUAGUUUCUCUGAAAAAAUAAAGUUUUAUUUAAAGAU